AUGGAUCCGCUUGCUUUAGAGGUAUGGCUAGAUCUCAUGGUACGCAAGCUUGAUAGCAUGGCAGUGCCUACAGACCGAUUGAAAAUCUCUUUAACAGCCUCUAUAUUUAUGGGAGAUGCCGAUAUCUGGUGGAGGUCCAUGACCAAUAUCCAUGAUAUGGAGGUGAUGACUUGGGAGGAGUUCAGGACAUUGUUCUUUGAGCGCUUCUUUCAUAGGGCUAUGAGGUGGGAGAUGAGGAUACAGUUCACAGAUGAGACCAGGGCAAUGAAAUUUCAUAAUGGACUACAUCUUGACAUUAGGCCACGGGUCUCAGUUCUUGAUUUGAGGACUUACAGAAAGGUGGUCCUAAGGACAAUGCUAGCUGAGGUAGAGGAACAGGAUCAGUUGCGGAUCAGGGGUUCACACAAGCAGCCUCGCAGCGACGCUCCGUCAUCUUCCGGGAAUCAGUGGAAGAAGGCUAAGGCAGGGAACACUACACACUCACAGGGGGCACCACAACAGAAUCGGUCUGCAUCUACAGUUCCUGCUAGUAAGCCUACAGCUUCGACGAAGGGGUUUCAGGGGACUUACAACUACUACAAGCAACCUGGUCAUAUGAGGAAGGAUUGCCCUCAUCUACGGAGCAGGGCACGGAGUGGCACAGAGGCUCUAUGCCUACUGCUUCAGGACAUUAGUCGGGUCACCAGGGUAGUUCUCAAUAGUCAAGGGCUCAGGGAUGAGCUUAUGCAUUGCCACAGGCCGAUACUUCCGCUGGGACUUCUACAGUUCGAGGUCAUGCAGCGGGAUAGUUUCCUUUGUGUUGACACACCAGUUGGGAGUCCAGUGUCCUUAGACUGUGUUUGUCAGGGUUAUGUUAUUGAGAUGGCUGGGCAGAUUUUAGAGUUCGAUUUCAUUGUUUAUAACAUGACAGGCUUUGACGUCACCCUCGGGAUGGACUGGUUGUCGUUCUUUCAUGCCACGAUCGAUUGCUUCGGCGGGCGAGUGUCUAUUUACACUCCCAUAGGAGAUUGUUUUCACUUCAUGGGAGAUCAGAGAGAUUCUCACUCGACAAUGACUUUUAGUAUCGGUGACUGGAGUCGCUAUAGGUCUUACUUGGCUAGCCUAUUAGCUGAUGAAGACAACUAUUUGGGUUGCAUUUAUCCAGCAGUUGUUGUGAAGUUUCUGGACGGUUUUCCAGAGGAGUUGAUAGAGCUUCCUCCUCUUCGGGAAGUUGUCUUUGCCAUCGACGUCAUUCCUGGUACUGCACCGAUCUCUAUGGUACUUUCCCAGAUAAAUGGUCAAAAUCGGGAUUUUAUGCUGAUAGCGAAACCUACCGAGUCGUUGCCGGUCGUUCAGAGCAAGCUAAGAGUUACAUUAGUGAAGUUUGAAGCAAUUGAAGCCUUUUACUCUGUUCAGUAG